AUGAGUUUUCUUGAGAUACCUUUGUCAACGGGAUGGGCAUUCAAGGAUGGCGAGGACGACAACGAGGGCUGGAUGCCCGUGCCGGUAGUUCCCUCGGUCGUGCAUCAGGACCUCAUAGCAAACAAAAAACUCGAAGAUCCAUAUUUGGGGUUUAAUGAGCUCAAGGCCCGAUGGGUCAAUGAAAAAACUUGGCAAUAUCGACAUGAGUUCCAGAGUCCGCAGGUCCCUGCUGGUACCACAGUCGUACUAGUAUUCGACGGACUAGAUACUUUUGCGACGGUUGAGCUCGACGGCGAGACAAUCCUAGAGAGCAGCAAUAUGUUUCUGGGUUAUCGCGUGGAUAUCACUAAGGCUUUGGCGUCGAAGGAAUCCCAUGUGCUAGAUGUCAAAUUUGAUUGCGCCCAAAGCAAGGCACGUGAGAUACGAGGUCAACACCCAGAUCAUAGAUGGGAAGGUUUCAAUGGCGAUAUGUCGCGCUUGGCCGUGCGUAAGUCACAGUACCACUGGGGAUGGGACUGGGGCCCCGUCCUUAUGACAGCCGGUAUCUGGCGUGAUGUACGCUUGGAAGUAUAUUCGGCGCGAGUUGCCGAUCUGUGGCCACAGACAAAGUUGGCCCCAGACCACCAAACGGCAACUGUGACUGCAGUCGCUGAAAUCGAUUCUGUCGAGACGGGAAGCUAUACGGCCCACUUCCAUCUCAGCUUGCGUGGACAAGAAAUUGCCCGGCAGGAUGUCCCCGUUGUGGUUGAUCAACCCACCCAAGCAACGUUCCAGAUCGAUCACCCGGAUUUGUGGUGGCCACAUGGCUACGGAUUCCAGACAUUGUACGAGUUGUCGGUGUCACUGACAGGUGGUGGGAUAGAUCUACACCAAGUUACCAAGAAAUUCGGCAUUCGCACUAGCGAAGUCAUCCAGCAGCAGGACAAACAUGGCAAGUCCUUUUUUUUCAGAGUCAACGGAGUUGACAUUUUUUGCGGUGGCUCUUGCUGGAUCCCAGCAGACAGUCUACUCCCUAGCAUAAGUUCGAAGCGAUACAGGAAAUGGAUCGAGCUGAUGGUAGAGGGCGGCCAGGUGAUGUCCAGAGUCUGGGGUGGUGGAAUAUAUGAAGACGACGCUUUCUAUGAUGCCUGCGACGAACUUGGUGUGCUCGUGUGGCAGGACUUCAUGUUCGGUUGCGGUAACUAUCCAACUUGGCCUGAGCUGCUGGAGUCCAUACAACAAGAGUCUGUUUACAACGUGCGGCGAUUGCGGCACCAUCCAUCUAUUGUGAUAUACGUCGGCAAUAAUGAAGAUUAUCAAGUCCAAGAGCAAGUGGGGCUCACUUACGACUAUGAAGAUAAGAACCCAGAAAACUGGCUGGCAUCAAACUUUCCUGCACGCUACAUUUAUGAGAAGCUUCUACCAGACGUGGUCUCUGAAUUUUCGCCAGAUACUGUGUAUCACCCGGGAAGUCCGUGGGGUGAUGGAAAGACCACAUCUGAUCCUACUGUGGGAGAUAUGCAUCAAUGGAAUGUAUGGCAUGGAACGCAAGAAAAGUACCAGAUCUUUGAAACACUGGGUGGUCGCUUCAAUAGCGAGUUCGGGAUGGAAGCGUUCCCCCAUCUGUCAACAAUCGACUACUUCGUCGAUAAUGAUGCAGACAAAUAUCCGCAAUCACAGGUCCUUGACUUCCACAACAAGGCCGACGGCCACGAGCGGCGACUGGCAACAUAUCUGGUGGAAAACCUCCGGAUGGCCACAGAUCUAGAGACAUACAUAUACCUGACUCAAGUAGUUCAGGCGGAGACCAUGAUGUUCGGAUAUCGUGGUUGGCGCCGACAAUGGGGCGAUGAGCGCCAUUGCGGUGGUGCACUUCUCUGGCAACUAAAUGACUGCUGGCCGACAAUCUCGUGGGCAAUUGUUGACUAUUUUCUGCGGCCAAAGCCUGCAUUCUACUCUGUUAAGAGGGUGCUGAAGUCAUUAGCAGUUGGCGUACAGCGUGAACAUCACGACUGGAGUGCAGUACAUGCGCAGCCUCCUACUCGCAGCGAAUACACAAUGUGGAUUGCCAGCAGUCUGCCUGAGGUGGUGUACGGGACUGUGGAACUACGGUUUAUUUCAAUAGUAACUGGGCAAGAUCUACAGCCUCCAGCCUUGUUUCAGAAAGUCGCUAUCGUACCUAAUGAUACAACUAACCUUAUCAAGGAUGGGGUUAUUGAUCAUAUCGCUCAGUCGGAGCCGCACGUUCUGGCUGCACGGUUAUGGGUUGACAACAAGGUCGUCGCUCGGGACGUUGAUUGGCCACAGCCAUUCAAGUAUCUUGAUUUUGCUGAUAGAGGAUUAGAAGUGAAACAGCAACCUGGCUCUGUAUCUGGACAGCAGAUUAUCAAUAUCUCCUCCCGCAAACCAGUGAAAUGUAUUGUGUUUGAAGAGCGGGAAAAUGUCAGACUCAGCGACAGCGCACUCGAUAUCAUUCCUGGAGACGAGCAGGUUAUAACGGCGACAGGACUCAAAGAAGGCGACUCUCCUCUUAAGUUCCGCUAUCUAGGUCAAUAG